AUGAGCAAUAAAACUGGAAAGUUUGUGGAUCUAGCAUCAUUAUCAAUGACAGGUAGUUUAAUGCCUUCAAUUCCUCAUUAGCUUCUAUUGAAGUUUAAUCCCCCGAAGAUUACAAUGAUUUAUCACUUUGAAAAUAAUGAUAAAGAGAAGUAUUAUCACGAUAUUUAUGUUGAGAGGCGAAUGCUGGAAAGCAUGACUGAUGACGAGAUUGCUACUCAUCUUUUCAUCAGUGAAGAUUACUACUUUAACCCUAAAUAUCUAAAAAGAGCCCAAGUAUUGCGCCUUGUUUAAAAGUUAAAAGAGGGACUUAAAAAUCCACCUAAAAACAAAAGAGGUCAGCAACAGAUGCAGAACAAAUAACAACAGCCACAUAAAAAUUAGCCUUUGCAAAAUUUGCAGCUGUAACAAACAAAUAGCUAAUUAUCAGACGGCUAAUCUCCACCAAACGAAACUUUAGAGCAAAGGAAUUCUCGAAAGAACUUUUUGUAGCGAAGAGGAUUCUAUAAUUAUGAAUAGCAGCCAGAAGAUUAAAACGAAAGUCAAGAUAAUAAAAAUCAAAAGCAGUUCGAGGAAGAUCCAAUAAUUUAGGGCAGAAGUUCAAGCAAAUCUCCAUCUCAUGAUAUGAGAAAACCCGUGCAUUAGAAGCUAGCUCCACUAUCUCAAGGGUUAAAUCUGCCUAGCUUAAAAUCUUAACAACAGCAGUAGCAAUAAAACUUCAAUAAUUCAGCAAGCUUAAACCAAAGCUAGGGAAAUCCUAAUCUUAACUUAAGUAGCAAUAGCUAGUAGCCUCACUUUGCUCACUCGCCUUAACAAAACAGAAACAAUAAUAACUAGAGUAGUACAUCACAAAAUAACAUGAUGAGAAAUGGUGGGGGCUAAGGGGUAAACGAGAAUGGCUAUGAUGACAUCCUAAACAUGGUCGAUUUUGAAAGUGAUAAUGAUCAUCAAAUGGAUCAAAACUCUAGAGGUAAUGUCAAUAGUCAAUUGAGCUACUAAUAAUAACCUGAGCAUCAAAACUAUGCUUAUUAGUAGCCAUAGAAUUAAAAUCAAAGUUUGACUAACUAGGGUCAACUUUAAAAUCAAGGAUUCAAUUACAUGAAUUAGCAAAUGAACGAUUACGCAGAUCCAUAUGUGAAUGAUCAGUACCUAAUGGGCGGACAUAGUAAUUAAUAGAUUGAUGACUUCAACCUCGGUAAUGAAACUAGCUUGACUUAAAAUGACUAAGUAGAGGGCGAUGGCGAGGAAGAAGAGAGUGUUUACAUUAAGGAUAAUAUAGUAAUGAGAAGAAUUCAGAUAGAAGGAGAGGAUUAGGAAUACUUAAUGGAUCCAGAAGGAAAUAUUUAUGAUAUGCAGGGAAAUUUCAUAGGAACUGCAAAUACUAACGAGCUUCAAGACGGAGAUAAUGAGGAUGAUAACAUUAUGUGA